CGUCGCGUAGCGCCGCCCUGGUUACGCCAAGGAGGAGGCCCUCGCCGGGGCGCGCUGUCUCCUCGUUGCAUUUCUGCAGCCCGAUCAUGCUGGCUCUGCAGCUCGUGGCUUUGCUGGCUUGCGCGCAAAGCGGCUGAUUUGUAAAGAGGAGCCGGGAAACCAAACCAAAAGCGCCCCCAAAACAGGCUUGGGUGCCGCCGUCGAGGAGCAUGUUUCGCGCUUGGUUCCUUCCUUGGCGCGCCAGCGGCGGCGGCUGCUCCUCCUCCUGCUCGCACUGUCUGGGUUUCAGGCGGUAUGGGAGACUGGCCCUCCUCCGCCUUUCAGCGGGCGAAGGUGCUUCAGCUGCUGAAGGCAAGCAUCUGCUGGGCGUCGCUUCCCGAAGAGCAAGGUGCAGCGGCGGUCCGGAACGCGGGACCAAGUGGAUCAAGCCCGCGGGCCGGGACAGCGGCAUCCAGGCGUACAACAGCCUGAGCAGAAGGAAAGAGCCUCUCAUCCUGCGAAACGCGGAUGUGGUGACUUGGUAUAGCUGUGGACCUACUGUCUAUGACCAUGCACACCUUGGGCAUGCUUGCUCCUAUGUUAAAUUUGAUAUAAUUCGAAGAAUACUGACAAAAAUAUUUGGAAAGGAUGUCGUCAUGGUGAUGGGGAUUACAGAUAUAGAUGACAAAAUAAUUAAAAGAGCCAGUGAGAUGGGCAUAUCACCUGUGUCUCUUGCUCGUUUUUAUGAGGAGGACUUCAAGCAAGACUUGGAUGCUUUAAAGGUUCUACCCCCUACAAUAUAUAUGAGAGUGACUGAGAAUAUUCCUCAGAUCAUUUCUUUUAUACAGCAGAUCGUUGCUAGCGGGCACGGUUAUGCAACGUCGAAAGGUAAUGUUUAUUUUGAUGUCCGUUCUAGGGGAGACAGAUACGGAAAGCUAAGGCAGGUUUACCCUGACACCCAAGAGGAACCAGUUGACAGCGAUAAGCGCAAUGUGAAGGAUUUUGCUCUUUGGAAGGCAGCCCAACCUCAAGAGACGUGCUGGGAUUCUCCCUGGGGAAACGGAAGGCCUGGCUGGCACAUUGAGUGUUCAACGAUAUCAAGUCUUGUGUUUGGAGGACAUUUGGAUAUCCACACUGGUGGAAUCGAUCUUGCAUUUCCUCAUCACGAAAACGAAAUUGCCCAAUGUGAAGUUUAUCAUCAGUGUGAACAAUGGGGAAAUUAUUUUCUACACUCUGGACACCUGCAUGUUAAAGGAAGUGAGAAAAUGUCAAAAUCACUGAAAAACUACAUUACCAUUAAGGAUUUCCUGAAGAAGUUCUCACCUGAUCAGUUUAGGAUGUUUUGCUUACGGAGUGGAUACAGAUCAUCUGUUGAAUAUAGUGAUGACAGCAUGAAUGAUGCAAAGAACAUUCUUCAGACAAUCUGUUCUUUUGUGAGCAGUACACAUGCCUACAUGAAAGGACAACUUUUGUGUGAAGCCGUUAGAGAAGAUCUACUGUGGGAGAGGCUAGCCAACACCAAAGCAGUGGUAAAGUCUGCAUGUGCCGAUGACUUUGACACCCCCAGGGCUGUCGGUGCAAUUAUGGACCUCAUUCACCAUGGCAACAGGCAGCUGAAGGCCAUCACUAAGGAAAGUGGAUCGCCUAGGAGCGCUGUUGUGUUUGGAGCCAUGCUCUCCUAUAUCAUGGAAUUCCUUCACACAACUGGGAUCACCCUUGCAGAAAGACAGGUAGGAAACCACCCCAUUUACCCGAGAGUAAGCCCAAUCAAAUUCAAGAGGACUCUGAGGAGCCUGGUCCUUUGUCCUUCCGAAAAAAAAACAUGUUUCCAGGGAGCUCCAGAAAGCGAACAUUCAGCCGUGCUCUCCAACGUGAUAGAGGAACUGGUGAGCUUCCGAACCAAGGUGCGCAAUUUUGCCCUUGCAGCACCCGAGGCUGUGGGGGGCGUGUCCACGGGCAGUGCCCCUCUGUCGAAGGAAGCCCGGCUGCAAAAGAAAACCGAAAGGCAGCAACUGUUGAAGGACCGAGUGCCCCUCUUGCAAGCGUGUGACAGCCUGCGUCGAGAUCUAGCCAUAUACGGCAUUGACAUAAAGGAUAGAAGUACCACUUCUACAUGGGAACUUGGAGAGCCCAGUAAAGAAUGGGAAAAGAGCUGAUAAAAAUAAGAAGUACAGACUGAAUGACUUGAUACUGUGGUGAUAUAAUGGAUUUUAAAUUACCCUGGCUGAGAGAAUCCUCCUCCUUGAAUUACUAGGUGGCAGAAAUAAUUCUUAAAACUAUCUACUUCAAAUUUAAAAGCAAGACGCUUCGUCUGUUUCCUGAAAAGAUUUGUGUUUUCUUUUUGGGGUGUGGUGGGGAGGAACAAUUGCAAAUCUGUCAUUUAUCACAGCAGCUCGCCUGUAUUCUCACUUACGGAAUCCUAUGACUCUACUCCAGCACCUCAAGAGUUUAAACACUGCUUCAACUGCGCUAUCUAGAAAAUAGAAUUAAGUGAAAAUACCAUUGUCUCCUGUAGUGGCACAAGAGGCGAGUUGACUUAAAUGUGCUUUUACUAAUAAGUAGUUGGUAUCCUUCGGCACGGGGAGAUAGAAGGCCUCUGCCUCAAAAACAACACAGCCUUCGAGAAUAACUUAAAGCUUAAAAAGGCACUAGGAUUUAGAUCAAAAACUCCAGGGUUUGGAGGGAGGGUGUUUUGUUAGCAAGAUGCUGAAUCGUACAUAAACCCUUUUCUAUUGUAAGAACUUCAGUUUGAUGUUGCAGUUAAAUGCUAAUCCAUGCUACAAUUUUUCUAUAUAUCCACUUUCUUCCACAUUGGUGGAAAAGUGUUCCAGACCAGAUUCAGACUUGUUUCAAAGUAGCUGGCACCAAACAAGCCUACAGUAUUUAUGAAUUACGGAUCAGGCAGAGAGCAAUCUCUGCAGAAUUCAAACCCCCAGAAGUACCUAGAAGGUCAGAAACAUGGAAGGGUUCCUUAUGCCAAGUCAAAGCAUUGGCUUAUAUAGCGCAGUAGAGUUAGCAUUGAUCUUCAGCCUCCUGCUAACCAGCCUUAACUUGAAACAUGAGUGGCAGAUAUUUUUCACUGCAUCAAAGCAUUGUUCAGAAGUAGAAGGCUUCUUUUUAGCAAUGUUGGUUAACAAAAUGCCAUUUCAGAGAUUUUUUUAUUUUUAUUUUUGGAGCUGGACUUUGUUCGAAUGAAGAUUUACAGAUACAGACUUGAAAUUUACAGAUACAGACUUCAGGCCAGAAACACACAUCAGUCUUUGUUGGUAAAUAAUAUAUAAAAUACUAAUCCAGAAUAUCUUGCAGUAAAAUAUCUCUUUUCUGCUGGGUUUCUCCUAAACAUUCAGCAUGGCCUUUUAUUUGCUGCACCAGCUGUUCAGAGGAGAAGGGAUUGACGAAGACCAGGGCAUUUAAGGUAGCGGAGAUGUGGAUUCAGAAACAAGCUUUUUGCAUACCCUCUACUGAGAUGAGGCAUGGCCUCCAUGCAUUUCAGUGACUAUGCUGUAGGGACUAUGCUGGCUGACCUGUAAAUCUUUAAAGAGAUGGCAGGGACUGGUGCCAUCUUUAGAAGGCAGUUUCUAAUUUCAGGUUUCGUGCAAGAGUGUAUCAAGAUUUUCUCAAUAUCGGUGCACAAGAACACUUGGACAUUAGAAGGGAAACAGGACCUGGGGGUUAAUGCAAAGCAGCGCUGGAACAUAAAAGAAAAUGAACUUGCUUCUCUACUUGAGGUAACUUACAAACUAUACAAGUCUCCUACUUUUCUUCCAAACAUAAACUCCAGGCAGGGCCUUGGAAUUUGGAAACCAGCCAUUUUAUACUAGCCUGUUAUGAACCCCAACAAUAUGAAAGGCAUUUUCAAAACCGAUACCUGUAUGUAAAUGAUGUAUUAAUAACUACUGGGAUCUGGUUUAUUUCAUGCCUUGAUUGUCCCCUCUGUUAUAAUCUAAGGCAAUUCUCUCUGUCCCUCACUGCGCAAGCAUUAUUCAAAGCUUGGCUAUUAAAUAUUUUUAUGAUAUAAGAUGUAUGGAUUUUAGCUAGUAAUGCAAAAAUGUUAAUAAGAAAGUGGAGAAAAAGACCUAACACAUUUUUCGCCCCCAAGAAGCAAGCAUCCUGUAGAGUCUACUAGUUAAAAUGUAAAUGAAACUGUGUCCAGAGAGUUUGAAAGAACUGCAGUAUGAUAGUAAUGUUUCUUCAGUGUCACCUUAUUAAGAUUGCAGUCCUGGGCACACAGACCUGGGAGUAGACUCUAUUGAACUCUGCGGGACUUAAGCGAACUGCAGCUGAAAUGCAGUUUGCAUUUCAAAAUGCACUAUUAUCAAAGGCUCUUGUGGCAGCUGAAAUGCAAACUUUGCUUUUCUGAUACCAAGCUAAAUGCCAUUUCAAAAUACUUGAUCUAAGAUUUAGGCUGCCAGUUUAGAGCUGGGAGUUUAAGACAUCCCUGUGCUGCUUUAUUCUUUACCUGCAAGCCAGUCCGUUUGUUGUGGCUGAUCAAACACACUCACUUUGCAGAUUAGGAACCUGAAGUUGUGACUAGAAAAAUGAAACCUCAUCUGCUUUAGCUUGGAAUGUGUUGGUUCUGACUAACAAAGAUAAGCUCCCCUUCCCAAACAUUCCUUGAGAGUGACUUGCUCAGGGUCCUGCAUCUGCACAAUUUUGAGGAUUUGUGCUAAUGAUCUAAACCACCCUUUCAACAAUGGUGCCCUCUAGAUGCUUUGUCCUCCCCAACCUUUGGCUGUGGCCAGUGGAAAUAACUGUAGUCCAAAACAUCAGGAGGAUAUCAGGUUAGAGAAGACCCUGGAAAACAAUAGUUGCAGGCUUGCCUUAUGUUCAUCCGUGGAUGGAAGGGAUUGUUAUCAGAGCUGGGAAGUUAUAAUAUUCAUGGUAUGUGCAUUGGUGGAUUCCUGCCACAAAAAAUGUUAGGUGUGCUAACUACUGGUAUUCGUAUUUCAUUUAAACAGCGUCAGAGAGAAAAAACAUUGAACUGAAAAUAGGGCCUACAGCUAAGAAUGUGUAACACAGUAAGGGAGACAGGGACUUGCACUCAUCACCCCCUACCUUUCAUGAACACUUAAGGCAUUGACUGGAGAAAUGUCCUCUUACAACUUAGAAGGAUCUGCAGGUGGUUGCCUUCAUUUUUGUUCUCCUGGAGAGAUGGAAAUAAAUCUACAUCCUUCAACCUGACAGUGCUGCUACGCAGAGUAUAAUAAGCUGUUCAACAAAAUAUUAUUCCAGAUUACUGAACAAGAACCCUCAUGUUCCCUUUGUCAGUGGAAAGAUUGGCACUCGUUGCUUUAUAUCUGCCAGGUUAGGAAUACAAAUUGAACAAAAUGGAGAAGUCAGCUUGUCAGCACAUUGCAGCUCAGUUAUAAAAAGCCACUGAAUAAAUACACAUAGCAGUUGUUUUAAGCCGUCAUUUUUAUUUCAUCAAGAAAUCAACUGCUACAUCUUCAGAUUGCUUCAGUUGUAAAAUCUUUAUACACUAGUGGACAACAUUAUUUGCAACUUCUGUAAUACAAUAUAAAAAAACAACAAGCAAUUCAACUCGAUAGUGACUGUUCCGAUCAGUUUGAAAAUCCUAGUUCCUAUUUGGCUUCCCUACAAAUAAUAGCUUUGAAAAUUCUGCUGCCUAUUUUGUUCAGCAUUUGUACCUCAAUUCUAAAUGACGGUAACUAUUUAAUAGUGUGUUCUGGAGAAUGGAUAUAGGUUAGUUCAGUUGACAGCACCAAUCUGUCUCCCUCACUGCACCAAGACAAUGCUGUGAUUUAAACCAUUGGGCAUACGAGUCAAUUGCCCCAUGAGUGCAGGGCGCACAUGUGGAAGAUCCCAAAAGGGUUCAGAGCUUUGGUCAUGCUGGCUCCUACCCACUGCCUAUAGCAGAGGGGUGAAACCUGUGGCCUUCCCACUGUGGCUGAACUACAGCUUCCAUCAGGCCCAGCAAGCAUGGCCAAGGAUGAUGGGAAUUGAAGUUCAGCAACUUCAAGAGCACCGCAGAUUCCCCACACCUGCCCUGUAGGACAGGGACAUUUGCAAGUACAGUCCAGUUUCACCUCUCCUGUCCCCAUCUUGCAAGCACAAGAAAAUCAGGAUGGAUAAUUUAACACAAACGAGCCUAUGUGAAGUAAUGUUUUUAAUUCAGAAAUUUUACUGUUCCCCAAGACUCAGGGUAAUAUUAAAUCCGAAUAUAAGCAGGCUUGCCUUGCAGUUGAAUCAAUACCUCUAGCAGAUGCAUGAAGCCAAAGGAGGCUUUUCUAGGUAACUCCAGUGAUGAACCAAUUCAACCAUUAUUUACAUUCUCAAGCACAGGCAUUUUGCCUUCACCCAAUGAAAGCAAACUACUCUGGGUCUGCCAGUUACUAUCCAGGUUUUUAAUUAAUCAUUCAUUGACCCUUGUUUGCUACCUUGCUUUUGAGAGGGUGGGGGAUGAGCCAAGGCACAGUGAAGCGGAAAUGACUAAUGCUAGAAAGUCCAGGAGUGGUGACCUUAGGGUUGGGCAAACAAGGCAACCGCCCAGGGCCCCAAAAUCUUGGAACAAAAUGCUGCCUGCCUCCUUUAUAGUCUGUCUCAGUCUGCCUUGUCUUUAACCCAGCAGCAUUGCAAACAGGCAUUGUGAAACCUGCAUCAUUGCAUUGAAGGCAAGGAGAACAGGGUGCUAGAGCCAUAUUGGGAUCUUCCAAGUGCCAGGUUAUAUAAUGUAGGAUUCAGCCCAGUACAAGUGAAUCAUGCCUUGAUAAUACAUUUUGCUUAAACCUUUUCUUAGAGCCAAUUUCAAUAGAAAGAAAAAGUACAUCAUACUAGCCAUGGUCUACAUAAUUGGAAGCAAAGGGAAAGCGCAUACACUUUUCCUGGUUUAGAAAACAUGAGAAGCUAUCCCCAACUUGUGUUCUGAAGCAGUAGGGACUGAACAAAGUCUUUUAAAAGUUUGAAUUGGUGCUCUGAACUUUGCUAGAACUAAAUAAUGGAAUAUAUUUAAAAAACAAACAAAAAAAGGAAACAUGUAUUUUUCUGAGGUAGUAGUCACAGUGCAUCCAAAUGUUACUGUAGUUAAAAGCACGUUGCAUUUAUACAGAGCAAUAUCCUGGUUGCAGGUAGACCGUGUAUGCUAAGCAACGACCGACUACUAUAUACUGUAGCAAACCCUAACAGCAGUCUGUCCCUACACAAAUGGGAAUGUUCGUUUAACAGCUAGAUAAACUCUGGCUGCAGGUUUCCAUAUACUAACUUCAGAGUAAGUCCCAAUGAAUUUGGUGGGGCUUACUUCCAAGUAAAUAUACAAUGCCAUCAGGCGGCAAGCGCUUCAAGUAAAAACAAAGGUAUUCUGCCAUAAUCUUUCCUCCUUAAAACCAUUAUGGGGUGGGAUUUCUAGAGUGGAAAUGCUACGUGCAUAGAUCCUACCAAAAAGUGAGUUUGCAUCUAGUAAAGCAGCAUAACUAAGCAGGAUACGCAUAGAGCAGCUGACAUACAUCCUCUGGAAUACCCCCCUCUAUUACAAAGAAGCUCAACAUUAUGGUAGGGACAACUCGCUACUGUGAACAACCUAUUCUCUACCCUGUAGUCUGCUGGGCACUGCCAGUUCUUUAAUGCUGUGCAGUUUUAAAAGGGCAGCCCUUCCCCUUUCACUCUUCAAUUACUACAUGCCGGUGAUUCUUUUAAGUGUGUCCACACAUUAGUGUCCCACUGUAGCUUUUGAAAGUUAAAACAAAAGCAUGAAGGGCGCUUUCUACUGAAAACCAGGUCUUAUGACAGGAGCUGCUCUUUGAUUAGUUGUUUCCCUAAAGCCUUCAUCUUUUUGAUCCCCCCCCCCAAAAAACCGUUCCAUCACAAGUUUAAUCUGGUUUCUCUGCAAAUAUUUUAUGAUCUAAACUAGCCCAGCUCAGUAGAUGAAACUUCAAUACAUUCAGCUAAAUAAAUUCUAUUUUUCGCAUGCCAUGUUCUACAGCUUCUUUGUAGUGGUUUUUUUUUAAAUAGACCAGUGAUACCCACCCCUCCCUCAUCGAAAAAGCAAGGAACGAAAAACAGUGUCUCUGUACCUAGGACUCGAGGGAAAUUUCAUGCAGUGCCUCCUUGAAGAUGGCAUGUCUCAAAAUCAGCACAGACUUGUGCAGAAUUGAAACCCUGCAGUAGUUCUCAGGCCAAAACAGUGAUGAAGUUGGUGCAAACCAAGGAACUAAGUUAAGCUGGUGGAAGAAUAUUACGACACAAUCCAGCCAAAGUUAAGAGUUUUCAAAUCCUAUUUAUUUCAGUGGGAGACAGAAAUGUCUACUUCUUCCACUGAAAUGGAGACUUGAGCUGCAAUCUCAAAUGCACUUCCUAGGGACGAAGUCCCACUGAAUUAAUUAGGACUAAAUAGGCCUUAGCUUAACUUUGGUUGGACCAUGUCCUUAUUUUUAUUUGUCUCUUAAGUGCAUCUUUUGCUACUAGCACACUCUUAGUUAUUGCUCAAUAACUGUGAGAUAGAACAGAGGAAAUACUUUCAGUUUAGUUUUAUUAUAUUAUAACAUCUGCAACUACAGC